AUGGCUGUCGCCUUUGAUGGCGGUGUCGUGAUCGGCGCCGACUCACGUACGACGAUGGGCUCUUAUAUUGCAAACCGUGUCACUGACAAGCUGACGCACCUCUCGGACCGCAUCUACUGCUGCCGCUCAGGAUCGGCAGCCGAUACACAGGCGCUGGCGGAUGUGGUGACAUAUCAUCUGCAACUGUACAGCGUGAUGCAGGAGCAGCCGCCGCCAACCGCCGUGGCAGCGAACCUUUUCCAGGAGCUCAUCUACCAGAACAAGGACCGCCUUACGGCAGGUAUCAUUGUGGCUGGCUGGGACAAGCAGCAUGGCGGCCGCGUAUUCAAUGUGCCUCUGGGCGGCGGCGUCUUUGAGCAGCCAUGGGCAAUUGGUGGUUCGGGCUCGGCGUAUAUCUAUGGCUACUGCGAUGCCACAUGGCGCGAAGGCUGGUCGAAGGAGCAGACACUUGAGUUUGUUCGGAACGGUACGUGGAUCUCUCUGACUCCAGCGCUCAGCCUUGCGAUGCGCCGCGAUGGCUCCUCUGGUGGCACGAUCCGCCUCGCUGUCAUUACCGAGGAUCGCGUCGAGCGCCACUUUGUACCGGGUGACAAGCUCCCUGUACUCGCUGCGAAAGAUGUAUAG